CGGGCCGGCAACACGUACAAGAGGAGCUCAGCGAUGGCGUGAAGAUAGCAAACCAAAGAAAAAUGUCAAAAGGAAACUAAUAAUUUCAGCAGAUGGUGACUCACAGAUGACUGCAGAUACAGCUCUACCAAAACAGGAUGCAAUUGCUGUUAAAAAAACAAAAAAAGUAAAACAUGAUCAGGUGGAAACCCGAAGUGGCAAACACGCAAAAACGACGCAUAAGUGGCCUAAAUUAAAAACACGUUCGUCACCUAUGCAGUUGUUCAAAUGCAUCAAGUCUCUAACGAGGAACCAACAAGAAGACGUUAAUAGGAUGGGUUUUGGAAAAAUGUUGUCAUUCAACAUCAGUGGGAUACCUCUAAAAAUUGCCCACUAUGUUGUGGACCACUUUAACCCAGAAGAAAUGGCUAUUGAAUUGCCAUGUGGGUCAAUACAUGUUGAUGUUCAGUCUGUCCAUGACCUUCUAGGGAUUCCUAAGAAGGGCAUAGACAUGCAAAAUGUACGAACAUAUUCAAAGCUUGAUGUUGCUGUUGAAGCAUGGAGAAAACGAUAUCGUAAACGAUUUGUGGCACCAACGAACCUGGCACGAUCUAUACUCACAAGUGAUGAAGCCAACAGUUUUCAUUUCCGACUGGACUUCCUGAUGUUAUUCUUAACCGUCAUGGUUGAGUGUAACAAAAAUGGGCGAAUGAAAGAGUGGAUUUUGAAAACUUUUACAGGAGACACGGAUUUUAGUAAAAUCAAUUGGUGUGCCUAUCUGAUCCAACAAAUCAAAUCAUGUAAAGAUGGCUGGAAGAGUUCUGAUCCUGAAUCUCCAUUUUCUGGACCACUCACACUUUUGGCUUUGCUAUAUGUCGACAGAGUUAAAUGCACAGGAUUUCCAGUUGACCGGACAAUAUACCCAAUCGUAUUCUGGAGCAAAUACGAACUGAAAAAAAGAGAACGGUUUGAGAUAAAAAGAGGUGGCUUUGGUGGAGAGGAUUUGCAUGAAGUUGGUGUGGUUAGACGGGAUCCAAGAAAAACAGAGUUACAUGCUAAUGAUGAAGUUAAUGAGAUUGCAUUGAUAGAAAAACAUUUGGACGUGAUGGAGGCGAAAAGAGUUACGGUGCAAAAAAAAUUGGAAGUAGUGUUCAAUGCUCAUCCAGACAACGAGCAAGUUAAAAAAUUGAUACAACGAUUUGAGAAAAUUGUACACUCAAAAAAAAAACAAGGGGAUGGCUGUGGCCUGAUUCCCCAAGGGAAAAAAUUGCUGGGGUGCUCAUGUCUCUUAACAAGACAGUCCAAAACCCAGAUAAUGAUUACACGGAAGGUACAACGGGAAAACGGAUAUGUAUCACUUCAUUGAAUAUGUACUCAGUUUUUUCUACAAGCUGUUACUAAUUUGAAUAUUUUUUUUUAAAUGCAGACCCUGAAGAUGAUGUGCCAAACGCGGCUGCAGUGGCAAAGAUCAAUGAUUCGAAUAAACCGAAUCAUGUGGAUGUGCGAAAUAAAAAACGCAGUGCAGCGAGUGAUGAUUUACUGAAAAAAGCAUCUGGCAAUGAUCGGGGGAAUGGCAAUGGUAAGCGAAUGAAGAAUGAUGUGUCGGCAAAAGCAUCUGGCAAUGAUCGGGGGGAUGGCGAUGGUAAGCGAAUGAAGAAUGAUGUGUCGGCAAAAGCAUCUGGCAAUGAUCAGGGGAAUGGCGAUGGUAAGCAAAUGAAGAAUGAUGUGUCGG